GUUGACAGAAAAAUAUGGCCGUCAAGAGUAAUUAUAAAUAUUUUCUACACCCAAAAUAUUUAUUUUUAUACUUUUAGUAAAUCCCGUCUCAGUGAAUUUGAAAGAGUACUUGGUUUGCCUAAAUCUUUUGUGCAUCGUUAUUUUCUCAUUAAGUAAUAAGUUAGGCAACAUGCCUAAAUAAUUUGACGCGAAAUAAUUGUUUCCCCCUCCUGGUCCAGGUCGUCUAUCUGAUAUUGAUAUCUGAUAUAAAAUAUUAGCAUACCUGUUUACUCUUACGAUUUUGGCGUACAAUUUACGAUUUUGAGGUGUAUAGAUUGUAAAUACUGUAUGUUUUUUUUACUAUGAAUAUAACGUAUUAAAUGACUUUGUGAUGAUAUUGUACGAUUUUAAGAGUUUGAGGGUAAACAGGUCUGUAUUAGUAAUCUAAAUUUAAUAAUAUUAACGAAUUAUAAUUAAUUUUAAAGAAAAAAUUUUAGCCUGAAACUCAACUUAACUGCAAGAAGACCUUUUGUAAUCUUAUUCAAAUGUUUGUUAGGACUUGUUUGGACAUCAACAAUCAGAAAACUAAAUUCAAUACAAAUCUGCAAGAAAAAACAUGUUUAUUCUAAGUCUAAGUGUAAAAAAAAAUUGCAGGCAUAAGUUAUGCAAAUCGUGAUAUAUAUCGUUUACAUAAAUUGCAUAAAGUAUUUCAAUUAACUCUUUCCAUGCCAGGGGGUUUUCCACGUUUGUGCCAAACCAGUAUUCGGCCAAUGGAAAUUUUUUAGGGUGCCCCUAUGAGCCCUAUCUAUUAAUUAAUUUUGAAUACAUUUCUUUUAGCAAGAUAACUGUAUUUCAUAUCAAAUUAAAGGAAAUUAGACAGAGAAUAAUAAUAUUUAAAAUAUAAAACAAUAUAACGGGGUUUUCCACGUUCGUGCCAGACCAGUAUUCGGCCAAUGGAAAUUUUGCCGAUACUUAGGAAAUAUAUAAUUAUUACCACUAUAUACAUCAAAAUAUUUUAUAUUUUGUGUUUCAGAAUGCAUUUUGAAGACAUUUAAACUGGAAUGUUUUAAUUUGAUCUUUAAAAACCCUGUAGAGUCCAUAUUAUAAAUGAUUAGAAUUUUCCCUGUGCAACACGUUGUCAUUAGCAACCAUUCACAGCCACUUGCAUAACAGCUAUAUCGUAGUACUAUCUCAGAGUUUCAUUCAUAAGAGUUUGCUGUGUGCAAAAUCUAUUAAACCAGGGAAAGCUUUAAUUAAUUAUUCAUAUGCCAAAGUUGAAAGUUUAAAAUAAGUCGACCCUAAACAGUAUUUUAGUGAUAGGGAAUGCGUUGCCUUAUAUAAACUAUAUAGUCAUUGCGCAUGACGCGAUCAGUGGAUGAGGUCACAGAAUGUGGAGAUGCAGUCCAUGUUAAAAAAUGACAAACCAAGUCGUACUUUAAAAAUUCAUAACUUUAAAACUACAACAGCUAAAAAUAUGAUUUUGGUGUUAUAAUUCUGUAAAAAAAUUAGCUCCAUUGGUUUAUUUUUACAAAAUUUUUAAAUUUUUGACCAAAGUAUCUACCAUAUGGUCUGUGUAGCUGAUAUCCUAUUCUGCUUCAAUCCCCAAAACGUAUAUCCAUUUUUGAUCAUAAUGCAUUUUAAAUUUUGAAAAUAUUCCAUUUUGUUACAGAGUAAUACCCAUUUUUGUAACGUUAGGAGUAUUCUAAUUUGAAUCCUCAGUUGCCAUUGUAACAAAGUGGUUUUGAAAAAAAUUCAUAACUUUUGAACUACUUGAGCUAGAAAGUCGAUCUGGGUGUUUUUUUUUAUCCAUUCUCUAGGCUCUAUUCAUUCGUGGUAUUUUUAUAUUUUUAAAAAUGUUUUGAAAUUAUUAUGAAAGUGCCGACAGUCACCACUAUUACUAUUACUAUCACCAUUCUAUUACUAUUUCCAUUUGGCAUCUACCGACCCAUCAGAAUGCCGAAAAUCAUCAUUGGAAUCAGAUUCGAAUGAUUCAUGGUUAUUGUCUGUUGUUUCAGCAUCAAUAAUUAGCAAUAAAAGUUCUUUUGUUUUCAAAAUUGACUACCUACGUGGUCUAGCAACAGCUGACAUGCUUGGAGUGGGCGUGGCCAUGGCUUUGUUUACAAAAGGUUCAACACAAAUUGAACUAUUAUUAGAAAAAACACAUGCAAACAUGCCCUACUUCUUAAAAAAAAGGAAGUAGUGAGAGUUAUCCUUCGUUUAAGAACAAAAAAAGUCAGAUUAAGAGCCACAAGAAACGAAAGAAACUACAUAAAUGAUAUCGACAGUAUACUGUGGGUUGGCACGAACAUGACCAGUCAAAUCGAUUGGCACGGAAAGAGUUAAGAUGCUUAUGCCUUGUGUCAGGUUUUUAUGCCCUAUAUUUUUUAAAAAUUUAUAAAGGUCUCUUGGUUCCAAAUAAUUUGAUAUAAAUUAUAAAUGAUAAAAACGCCUUAAACUUUCAAUGAAAACUGCCAUUGAAUUAUAAAAAUCAGAGCCCCAAGUUUUACCCAACUUAUCCAUGAGUCAUAGCUUAUUUCAUAAAUGUUGGUAAAAAUCGUUGCCACCGACUUAUAGACAAUAUCAACUUAUAGACUAGUAGAUACGGUAAUUAAGAUUGAUAACUCCUAUGUCAAUUUAAUUAUCACUAUUCUCAGUAAAUUUAAGGCCUAUUCGUGCAAUUAAAAUUUUAAACUUAAAAUGAAAAUACUGUUCUCAAUAGUCACAGAUUUUAAAAUUUUAAAUUUACUUUUUCUUAUAUAAUAUAUUUUUAAAAUGUAUUUAUAGAUGGCUUCAGAAGCAUCCCUCUACUCAAGGGAAAUAUGCAGGAUUGGUACAUUUAAUGGUUGGCCAGGUCAGGAUUUGCAUUGUAAACUACUGAAACCAAGUGUAAUAGAUCUAGCAAAAGCUGGUUUCCUGUACACAGGUCAAGGAGAUACGGUUCAAUGCUUUGUUUGCAAUCUUCAGGUUGGUGAUUGGGAGCGUCACCAUGAACCAUUUGUUGUUCAUGCAACCAGAAAUCCUCAGUGCCCAUUUGUGUUGAAUAUUGAAAACGGCAAUGUACCAGUGCUUGUUCCAAAUGAAGCUGAUUACAUUAAGAUCAAACUUAUGCUCAGAGAAGCAGGAAAAAGAGCUGCAUCGAUUAAGAAUGGAAUGUCUUAUCCAAGUUCAUCUCUUGUUUAUGAUACUCUAUACUCUUUGUAUGGUGAAAGCUUGAUGAACUCUGCUCCUCAACCACAUAGUUCUCGUCAAUCCAGCAGUCGAUCAUCUUCAAACUCACCACGACCAAUGUAUGGAGACAGACACAAGGAGCGGACAGGGCCACCAACUAACAAAGGAUCUCCUAGACCUGCUGUGCACUCUGCGAAUACUCCACCUUCUAGAAGAAGCAGCAGUACUUCGGAAAGUGCUACACAAGAAAUCACAAGCAAUCGUCCAAACUUUCAGCGAGCCAAAUCAUGUGCUUUUGAUCCCGGAUCUCAAAGAAACUCUGAAACCAUUGCCAAUCGCCAGACAUCCAACCCAGGUAUUGAUUUUAUGGAGUAUCAAGAAUCAGAAGAAGCCAGACUAAAUACUUUCAGUGGGUGGGCUGGAGUUAGAGGUGCCUCUGCUCGGGAAUUCGCCCAAGCAGGAUUUAUUUUUAUUGGGGCUCCUGACAGAGUACAAUGUGUCUUUUGUAAUGGGAUUUUGCGAAACUGGAAUGACAAUGACUUACCUUUAGAGGAACAUCGCAAACACUUCCCAUCCUGCAGGUUUGUCAAAGAGUAUUUGUCAGCGAUCACUGUAAGUAGACCAAAGCACCAGAAAUACAAGACAGAACCAUCACGCUUGAAUUCAUUUGGAACAUGGGACAUGAGCAGAAAUCCCAAACCUGCAGACCUAGCUAAAGCUGGAUUUUUUUAUGUUGGUAUGCAUACUUUGACAUUAAUUUGUAAAAAUAAUAGUACCAGUAAUUUAAAACAGACAACACAACUUUAUGACAAUACAUUUUAUGGAUGAUUUAUUUAGUUUCAACUCAUCUUUAAACUAUUAUGAUUCAAUAAAAUUUAAGGAAAACUGCAGUAAUCUUUUAUUUCAAGUAAGUAAUUCUAUUGGUGUCCUGUUUUUUUUAAUAUUUAUAUUAUAUUCUAAUUCUUAAAAGGUUAAUUACAUGUUAUUGUUUUUCAUUAGGUCAUGGGGAUAGUGUUAAAUGUUUCUUUUGUGAUGGAGGUCUACGUAAUUGGGAACCAAAUGAUGAUCCAUGGAGAGAACAUGCUCGUUGGUUUCCAAGAUGCCCUUAUGUCAAGCAGGCCAAAGGCACGGCCUUCAUUGAAAGUGUACUGAGUGAACUCAAUCUGACAGUAAGGAAAAAAUUGUCUUAUCUAGUUGUGCUAAGCUCACUUUUUUUAGAUGCAACAGAACUUUUUAAAGUAAAUUAAUCUGGCACUGGUUUAUCUUUGGUUUGUGUUCUAAGUGUGUACAUCUGAAACCAUUAUAAGCAAUGGAAGAAAAUAAUUCUUCCGUCAUGAAAGGUUUUCUACUGUAAAUCAGUAUCAAUACCACUUUUAGCAAAGCAAAGUUAGACAAUCAAACAUCUAUGAAUGGGAAACAGUUUUUAAAAAAUCUUAAACGUAGACAUUUUUACUUUAAAAAUAAAUCUGGAGAAAAUGCUGAUUAAAGACAAUAAGAAUAUAAAAUUGCCAAAAUAUAACUAUUUUAAAAUGUUUAUGUCCAUGAAAAAUCUUUUCCUUAUUUUUAAUUGAACCACCAAGAACAAGAUUUGAUUUUAUCCCCACUGAGUCUUUCUGAAAGUAGAUUUUUAAGCAUAGAGAAUGACCUCUCCCUGCCAUCUUUGUUUUGAACUAAUAUCAGUUAAUGUCUUUUAUAAGUGAUUUGGACAAAGGAAUAAGAAAUAUUACCAUACCACCACGUCAGCUUGUUCAUUUGCUGAGAAAAUAAUACCGGUCAUUAUGGCCAAGAGAAACUACUCUGCUGAUAUUGCAUCCUCUGGUUUUUUUUCAGAACCUAGCCUGUCAAGAAACAGUAUUUUAGAAAUGUACUGUACAUUAAAUUAACACUGAUAUUCUAAGUGGUGAUUCAAUUGAUGCUAUCAUAAAAGGUUAAAUGGAAUUUUAUAUUUCAUGAUUAAAUUAUUAUUUUUUUAUCUGGAAAAUUAAACCUUGUUUCCAGGAUUACCAAACAGCAUCAGUAGAUGAGACAGAACUAAAAAAUAUUGCCAGAGCUACAGGUAUGUUCUGACCUUUACAAAGUUGUGUCACUUUGAACUAUUUUGCAUCUUGCAUAAAUACCUUAUUUUAUUUUCAAGUUCAAAUAAACAAAUUAUUUUUUUUUUACCUAUUUCUCCUUUUUUUUUUUUUUUUUUCCUGUUUUAAAUACAAACUUGACCCAAUUUUGGUUUGUUGUGGGUUUUUUUUUUUUUUUUUUUAAUAUUUUUUUUUUUUUUUUUUUUUUUUUUUUUUUUUUUUUUUUUUUUUUUUUUUUUUUAUAUAUAAAAUUUUCCAAAUUUUGUUUUGUGGUGGGUUUUUUUUAUUUUUUUUUUAAAAUUUUUUUUUUCCCCCCCCCCCCCCCAUGAGCAGUUUUCACACUGGUCCAUGACACUGGUGUUUACAAAUCAGUCUGACUUUUAUAAGUGUGUUAGUUAGAACUGUGAGACACAUUGUUAGUUAGUACUGAAUCAGAACUGUCAGACAAAUUAUUAGUUAGUACUUUGAUAGCUCAUGUGGUUCAUUGCAAGUUUAUACAGUAACCAAAAUUGAUAUAGCCCUCCUUGGCCUCAAAGUUUGGAUUUCUGUGAUAGCAGAGUUAUUUCCUAGUAUAAUUUCACAAAGUGAAACAUGGCCUCCCACAGUGGUCGUGCCUGUGGCAGUUGUCGGAAAUGCCGUAGAGUAAAAAGGGUUAACUUAAGUGAUGUGCCACAGUAUCUCGGUGAUUCACCCUCAUAUGUCUAUGAUUCACCUAUAUGUCUCGAUGAUUCGCCUUCAUUUUUCAAUGAUCCUGAUCGUGCUCAAUUUCUUCGUUACUAUGAUGACGAUUUAUUUGACUGGUCCUUUGAGCUUUCUCCACCUCGUAGGCCAUUGAACAGUUCAUUUCAGGAAAGAGCUUUUACAAGUUCACCUUGUAAGGUUACAGCAUUUCACAUGAUUUAUCAAUAUGAAAUUAAUUUAAUCUGCAAUUCUAUUUUUGCUUUGUCUGAUGAAAUCUUGCCCAAAAAUAUUAAAAUUUUGCUGUCCAAAUUCAUUAUACCCAAUACAAUUUAAGAUUAUGCAAAGAUGCCCUAGAUAAAGUAGUUAUUAAAAUCUUGAUAUGGCACAUUGUAUAACUUUUUAAGAAUAUUUUCAAUUAGAUAGGCUAAAUAUUUUAUUAUGGAUUAUGCCCAAUACAAUUUAAGAUAAUGCAAAGAUCCCCUAGAUAAAGUAGUUAUUAAAAGCUUAUAUAUAAUUCAUUUAAGUAAUUGGUAGCUUUUUUUUUUUUUUUCAAACUUCCUUUUUCUAACUGUUAAGCUCAAAGAGACAUUGAUCCUAGAGAAGUGACUGCAAGAAUGGAUAGUCCAAUUGUCAAAGCUGUUCUAAAAAUGGAUGUCCCAAAAAAUAUUGUUUAGAAGGCCAUAAAGCAGAGACUUGCAGAAUUAAAAGCUUAUAUAUAAUUCAUUUAAGUAAUUGGUAGCUUUUUUUUUUUUUUUCAAACUUCCUUUUUUUAACUGUUAAGCUCAAAGAGACAUUGAUCCUAGAGAAGUGACUGCAAGAAUGGAUAGUCCAAUUGUCAAAGCUGUUCUCAAAAUGGAUGUCCCAAAAGAUCUUGUUCAGAAGGCCAUAAAGCAGAGACUUGCAGAAAAUGGUGAGUGGCUUUGAAAAAACUGAGUGAAGCUGCAUAUGCAAUCAAAGGCUUAGAGUUAAAUUGUUUAAAUGCACUCUUCAACCUAGCAUGGUGAAGAUCAAGUUUAGAGUGCUUUCCCUUUGUGUACUAAAUUAAUUCCGCUUGCCAAUACUUUACUCUAUACUAAAAUGCAUGUCUUUUUUUUCCAAGAGCUCUGAAACAUGCAAACUGUGCAUUAUCCUAUAAAUAAAUUAAUAAUCAUCUCAACAAUGGAACUUAUUUACAUUAAAAAAGUUACAGUAAACAGGGUAGUUGGUAAUGAUUCAACAUUGUAAAACUUUCUUAGGUGAGGACUUCACAAGUGCAGAAGCUUUGUUAGAGGCUGUCUUUAGCUCGGGGCAUGCUGGAGAUGCCAUUGGGAAUGCAUCCUUGGAGCAGGGAGAAAUUCCAGAGAAAGGAUUUCAAGAGAGAGACAGCCCUUCAUACUCCAGUAGUUCAGAGAGUCAAGGUAAGAAACGAGCAAUAAACUAUGAAAUUAAAAUUUCUCCUCCAUCCAUCCUAACCAAAUUUAUAUUUAAAUGUUUAAGCAUUAAAACUUAACCCUUUACAGUCCAAGCCUAUUCAGCCUUUUCUACUCCCAGCACCCAAGCAAGUGGCCAUAACUCUAUUUUAAAUAAAGGUUCUUUAUCUAAUUAAUUUACAGAAAAUAAACUAGAAGCAAGAAAAUAAAAUUAAAAAUACCCAAAUACAAAUAAAUGAUUUAAGCAAAAGUUUGCACCUAAAAACAGUUUUGGGGACCCUCCCACUUUGAUUUGUAAAACAUUCCCAGACCACUCAUGAUCUUGCUGAUCAGUUGGAAUGGAAUUGAUAGGUCCAUUGUCAUCGAUGUCUCUACUAUUACUAUUAUCUUCUUCACUUGAAUCAGUAUCACUGGUAGCGUCAUUUAUAUUAAUGUCUAUAUCAGAUUCUUCACUAUCACUGCUAAACUCAUGAAAUAGUGAAGCUUCAUUAGGCCUAAGUUUUUUCAAAAUUUUAUCCAAGGCUUAGAAAGCCAUUUUUUACAGCGAAAAUUUUUUUUUUUAAUUGUAGAAAAUGAGCCCCUAAACACACCGCGUUCAAACUAGUAUAAAAAUAAAUGCCAACAAUGAGGCUUUCUUCCAUAGAACUACAAAUAAUAAUGUGCAAUGGAUUUCCGCUGUGCUAAGAACGAAAGUAAACAACUUUAAAAACGGGUGGGUUUGUCUGCAACGGACUGUUUCUAUAUUUCCCAGUGUUACUUUUUUUUUUAAAGGAUAAACAGGGCAUAUAAGAUAAGAUUCUUUUAUUGAUCCAAACAAAUGGAAAUGUUUUUUCAUUACAUUGUACAUUUUCAGCACAUAAAUAAAACAAUUUGAACACAAGACAUUACAUUAAAUUAUUUCACUUGUGAAAAAACCAGCCAUUCAGUGAAUUCUCUUAGCCAUAUCAGGGACUUAUUAGUUCUCAUUAAGAUUUUUGACUUCACGGGGAGCUUGCUGGUAAAUUCAUACAGAUUGGGGAAAAAUGAAUUUUUAUAUUUUUCAGUCCUCGCCCUGAGAGAAAGAAUUCGUCCUGAACAGGCCUAUCCUAAUAUCUGUAAUGUUAUACAAUAACAUCUUUCUUCAAAUAGUUCUGCAAGUGAAGGAUGUUUAGUUUGAGUUAUGUUCCUAGCUUCUUGAUUAGUCUGUUUAUUCAGUGUUUAAUAUCAGACGAAUUCCCACACCAGCAGAUAGUAUUGAAAUUAAGUAGGAUUCCAAUUGUUGCACCUCAGAGUUAAUGACUUGUUUGUUUACCCCGAAAUUGUAGUUUUUUUUUAGGUAGAACAGUCUUUGACCAGUCUUUGGUCGAAUUUCUUAUAAAAUGGCAUUUGGCCGUGCUCAUGCCAUGUUAGCUUAUUAUUAUGGUGAAACUUAUAUGCCUCUACUUUCUCUGCAAAUAAUACAAAUAAUAGUUACUAGAGUGUUAGCACACUAACCGCUAGAUGCCACAUUAAAUUAAAUGUGGAAAUAAAAUUAUGACAAGGAUAUUUCGUGACUCCGAAGCAACCCAAGGCGGCUGUGUUGAGGAAAUUAUGCACCUGGGGUGAAGCUAGAAAGUGGUGCCACUUAAAUAUAGAGGGGACGAGACACACACCCCCCCCCCCCCCACAAAAAAAAAAUUUAAAANCCCCCCCCCCCCCCCAGUAAAGACAAUUUUUGGCGCCCUUUGUCUUUCUGAAGUAUAUAGAAUUUUAUAUUUUAAUUCAUUCACUAUUAACAUCUUAUCCAAAGACAAUUUUGGUCAUUGCACCCAGUGUGACUGUCCUUUUUACCCCAUUCUCAUGACUCUGUCCAAGGGCAGCGAAACACUCAUAUCGACAUGGCGUAUAUUAUGGGAAACACUCAUAUCGACAUGGCGUAUAUUAUGGGAAACACUAGACUGUCCAAGCAGUCUGCGGUGUAAGCCCAUAACACAUUUAAAAAAUUUUCUGUGGUGUCAAAAUUAUCUAUAAAUUAUGGCUGCAACUAUUCGUACCCGGGUACCAGAAGUGAGAGGUUGGGAUUAAAAAACUAUUUAAAAUAUUAUUGUUGGGUUUGUAAGACAAAAUGAGUUAUCAAAUGAAAGAUAAUUGAAUGGACUAUAUGUUUGUAAACUUACUUCUUCAGUUUAAAUAAAAUAAAUUACCACAAAUGACAUCCGAAUAGCUUGAGUCUAAUGGUACCCGGGUGCGAAUGGCGGCGCUGCGUGUCUGGGUCCAUUUCGACUUAGUGCUAAAUUUUAAAUAGUUUUUUAAUCACAACGUCUCACUUUUGGGACCCGGGUGCGAAUAGCCACUUCGUAUUUGUAAUAUUUAAUUUCAACCUCUCACUUCUGGGACCCGGGUGGGAAUAGCCACUUCGAUAAAUUAUUUGAUUUCGUUGGGGUUUUUUUGGUGGCGGGGGGGGGGGGGUAAACGUCUUGUAGUACUGAAGGGGGGGGUGUCCAAAACUAUGCAUGAAACGGGGGUGGAGGGGGUGGUAAAAAAUUUGACUUUUUGGGGGACCGUACUUACUAAAUGGAUGGACCCUAAAUGAUUGCUAAUUUUUUAUGGGUUAAAUUUGUAUCCAGUAUAUCUGAUAGAGUAAAUAACUGCGGAUGAAGGGUAUAUUUCAGGAGAGUUUGAUUGAACUCUUGAAUUUAUAACUUACCAUAACAUUUUUCAAACUAAUUCUUUUUAUUCGAUCCUGUUAAUGACAGUCAUCUAAAAUUGAAAUGGGACAUUUAUAUUUUUAAAAAAAAAUUUAAAUAAAUUUAUUACAGUUAUACUUCGCUUCACACAAUUUAUGUUGCUUUUAUUCAGACUCGCUGAAGUUGAUGGAGGAGAAUCGUUUACUCAAGGAGCAGCGACAAUGUAAAAUCUGUAUGGAUGAAGAGGUCUGCGUUGUUUUCUUACCAUGUGGUCAUCUGGUAUGCUGUGCCACAUGUGCUCCAGCUCUCAACUCCUGCCCCAUUUGUCGUGCAAAAAUUAGAGGAAGUGUGCGCACAUAUAUUUCAUAGCUGACAUGUCUUAUAGUUAAGCAUGUACACUACUGCACCAGGGUUUUGAAAUGUGGUCAUUUAAACCAUGACGCCCAUUGAAGGAAGAUUAAACAAAUUAGAUUACCAGGUUUUAAUAACAAAAAAGUUGAAUUUUUUUUAGAAAUUCUUUACUAUUCUAUAGAACUGACUGUAAAUCAUAGAAAGGAUAUAACAAAUAUAAAUUUAUUUUAAAAUUUAAAUGUAGUAUGAACAACAAAAGAAUUCAGUAUAUAAUUUGGCUAUGUCUUAAGCAUUUAAAUAAUGGACCUGGGUUAUAUCUUUUUUUUUUUUUUUUUGUAUUUUAUUUUUUAAGUUUUGGUUUGUUUUAAAAAUCGUCAAUCUUUUAAGAACUGAAAUAGUGAAGCAAAGUUUGAAAAUCCAGUAUUUGGAGAUUGGUUAUCUAGUCUUCGGUUUGCUUUUAGUAUGAACAACAAAAGAAUUCAGUAUAUAAUUUGGCUAUGUCUUAAGCAUUUAAAUAAUGGACCUGGGUUAUAUCUUUUUUUUUUUUUUUUGUAUUUUAUUUUAUAAGUUUUGGUUUGUUUUAAAAAUCGUCAAUCUUUUAAGAACUGAAAUAGUGAAGCAAAGUCUGAAAAUCCAGUAUUUGGAGAUUGGUUAUCUAGUCCUCGGUUUGCUUUGGGUAUACAAUACUUAGAAUAACAUAAAAUGACUUUGUAAAUAAGACUUUUGUGUCAUUGCUUCAUUAAAAUAGCAAUUUUCUUUAAAGAAUGUGAUAUAUAAUAUAUUUAUUUGAGGUUUUCUUCUGUUUUUCCCUUUUUUUUAAAAAUGAAAUGACCUUCAAAAACUUUCUUUUUGCAGCACUUGCCAUAGUUUGCUCUAAAAGUAAAUGCUUAAAACCAUCACUUUAAAUGUGAAAAAGUUAUCAAUAAUAAACCAAUUUAUCAUGAACUUUUGCUUUCGCUCUGGCAAGGACACAAGAGCACUGAUUUUUUUUUUUUUUUCAAUACUUAUUUUUUCAAUUUUUAUUUACGUCAUUUUUCAAUGAAAAUUUUGUACAAAAAAACAUUUUAUUAAAGCACAUUAUGUGCAAAAGAUUUUGUUGGCUCACUAUGAAAACAAAACCCUUUUAUUUCAUGACUGUUGACUUAAGUUUUACUUUACUCUGUAUAUAAAAAUAUACAAGAAUAUAUUAAAAACAUGUGGGUGUACAUACUGAGAAUAAUAAAGAUGUAUUGUAUCCU